GUCAUAUAGUCCCCUAAUUGUUUGGCCUUGCAAAAUGCGUACAAUAGCAGCGCGACUCACCCCUUAUUUAUGGAGGAAAAGGCCUAUAAAUUUACAACCCAAAAGGUUUUCGACUUCCAGCUUUGGCAGAGAUGAACAGUCAAUAGAACAAGAAGCUGAAAGAAAAGUAGGAUGGCUCUUAAAAUUAAUAUUUGCUGGGACUGCUACGUUUAUUGGGUAUCAGAUUUUCCCAUACAUGGGAGACAAUCUGAUGCAGCAGUCUGUCUCACUUCUACAAGUCAAGGAUCCUUUAUUUAAAAGAAUGGGUGCAUCCAGAUUAGCUCGUUUUGCGAUAGAUGACGAGAGAAGGAUGAAAAUAGUUGAGAUUGGUGGGGCUCAAAAGCUUUUGAACAUGUUAGAGUCUGCCAGAGAUGAUCGGACGAGGAAGGAAGCCUUGAAGGCUCUUUUUGCGAUAUCAAAAGCAGGUCGGGCUUCAAAUUUAUCUGCUAUUUGUGUAAUGCUGUAAUCAUGAUGCUCAAAC